AUGGUAUACAUCACACAAUCCGCCGGCCGUCUUAUGCGGGCAAUUUUUGAGGUUGUGCUUCAUAAGGGCUGGGCUGAAUUGGCUGACAACGCUCUAACGCUAGCCAAGAUGAUUGAGCGGCGCAUGUGGGAAUCGAUGUGUCCCCUAAGACAGUUUAAGAAACUGCCUGACGAGGUGAUUCGUAAACUGGAAAAAAAGGCGAUCCCCUUCGAUCGCCUUUAUGAUAUGAACCACCACGAACUUGGGGAACUUGUUCGCAUGCCAAAGAUGGGAAAGCCGCUGCACAAAUACCUUCACCAAUUGCCUAGACUUGAAAUGAGUGUACACAUGCAACCGAUCACUCGCUCCACUCUCAGUGUCGAGCUGACAUUGACUCCUGAUUUCAUCUGGGACGAUAAAACUCACGGCACUGCACAGGCGUUUUGGAUUUUUAUAGAAGAUGUCAAUGGUGACAUUAUACUCCAUUAUGAAUUUUUCGUGCUGAAGCAACGAUAUGCUACUGAGGAACAUGUACUAAGAUUUAUUGUGCCGAUAUUUGACCCACUGCCACCACACUAUUAUAUUCGUGCUGUUUCUGACCGUUGGAUAGGCGGAGAAGUCACGCUACCUGUUUCAUUUCGUCACCUGCUUUUGCCGGAAAAGACAGCUCCUCCGACCGAACUUUUAGACCUCCAACCACUCCCAGUGACUGCAUUGAGGAAUAAAGAGUUCGAGGCCCUGUAUACAGAUAGGAUUAGAGUAUUUAACUCUCUAUACAAUUCGGACGAUAAUGUCUUCAUUGCUGCACCCACCGGCAGUGGGAAAACAGUGUGUGCGGAGCUUGCUAUUUUACGUUUGAUCACGGUUACUGCUUCUGCGGCAACGGCGUCCGCCACGGGUGAGACUGAGAGUGUAUCGGGCCUCGAAUCCACUUCAUUUGCAGAAGCAUUUCGAUGUGUUUAUGUUACUGCGAAAGAUGAACAGGCAGAAUUACGUUAUCUUGAUUGGAUGGGUCGGUUUGGCGAGCGAGGUCUGGGAAAGCGAGUUGUAAAGCUCACGGGUGAAACUGCAGUAGAUCUUAAACUACUCGCCAGAGGCCAGGUAAAAUUAUCGCUCACCUAUCAUGCUAGCAUUUUACAUGUUCAGGUUUUUCAUUACAACUAUUAA